AUGUCUUUUUUUUUUCAAUAUUCUUUUUCUUUUUUCUUUUCUUUACUUCUUUUCUUUUCUCUUUUCUUUUCUUUCUUUCUUUCUUUCUUUCUUUCUUUAAUUUAUUUCUCUCCCUUUUUUUUUCGUUUUCCUUCUUCAUUCUUUUUCUUUCUUUCAAUCUUCUCUCCUUUUUCUUUUUUUUCCUCUUCUUUUCUUUCUUUCUUUCUUUCUUUUCUUUCUUUCUUUUCUUUCUUUAAUUCUCACCUUCAAGUUAUUUCUCCUUUUCUUUUCGUUUUUCCUCUUCAUUCUUUUUUUUUCUUUCAAUAUACUUCUCUUUCUUUCCUUUUUUCUUUCUUUUUUCUUUCUUUCUUUUCUUUCUUUCUUUUUUCUUUCUUUUCUUUCUUUCUUUCUUUCUCCUUUUUUUCUUUUAAUGUAUUUUUCUCUUUCUUUUUAUUUUCCUCUUCUUUUCAUCCUCUUUCUCACCUUCAAGUUAUUUUCUCUUUUUUCUUUUUCGUUUUCCUCUUCAUUCUUUUCUUUCUUUCAAUAUACUUCUCUUUUCUUUCUUUUUUUUUUCUUUUCUUCUUUCUUUUUUUCUUUCUUUCUUUCUUUCUUUCUUUUUCUUUUUCUUUCUUUCAUUUUUUAAUUUUCAUUGUUUCUCUCCUUUUUUUUUUCGUUUUCCUCUUCAUUCUUUUUCUUUCUUUCAAUAUACUUCUUUUUCUUUUCCUUUUCUUUCUUUCUUUCUUUCUUUCUUUCUUUCUUUCUUUCUUUCAUGUAUUUGUCUCUUUCUAUUCAUUUCCGCUCCUCAUCCCCUCGUCUCACCUUCAAGUUCUUUCUCUCCUUUUCUUUUCGUUUUUCCUCUUCAUUCUUUUCUUUCUUUCAAUAUACUUCUCUCUUUUUUUUUUCCUCUUCUUUUCUUUCUUUCUUUCUUUUUUCUUUCUUUCUUUCUUUCUUUCUUUAAUGUAUUUGUCUCUUUCUAUUCAUUUUUCCGCUCCUCAUCCCCUAGUCUCACCUUUCAAGUUAUUUCUCUCCUUUUCUUUUUCGUUUUUCCUCUUCAUUUUUUUUCUUUCUUUCAAUAUACUUCUCUCCUUUUUUUCUUUUCCUCUCUUCUUUUCUUUCUUUCUUUCUUUUCUUUCUUUCUUUCUUUUUCUUUCUUUCUUUAAUUUAUUUCUUUCUUUUUUUUUUUUCGUUUUCCUCUUCGUUCUUUUCUUUCUUUCAAUAUACUUCUCUCCUUUUUUCUUUUUCCUCUUCUUUUCUUUCUUUCUUUCUUUCUUUCUUUCUUUCUUUCUUUCUUUAAUGUAUUUGUCUCUUUCUAUUUAUUUUCCGCUCCUCAUCCCACUCGUCUCACCUUCAAGUUCUUUCUCUCCUUUUCUUUUUUUUUUUUCUUCAUUUCUUUUCUUUUUUCAAUAUUCUUUCUCUUUUUUUUCUUUUUUUUCUUCUUUUCUUUUCUUUCUUUCUUUCUUUCUUUUUUCUUUCUUUCAUUUUUCUUUCCUUUCUCACCUUAAUGUAUUUUCUCUCGUUUUUCUUCAUUCAUUUUCCAAUAUACUUCUCUCAUCCUCUUUUCUUUCUUUUGUAUUUGUCUCUUUUCAUUUUCUCUCCUUUUCACCUUUUUCGUUUUCCUUUUUCUUCAUUCAUUCUUUUCUUUCUUUCAAUAUACUUCUUUUUUUUUUUCUUUUUCUUUUCUUUUUUCUUUUCUUUUUCUUUCUUUCUUUCUUUCUCUUCAAGUUUUUCUUUUUUUCUUUUCUUUGUCUUUUCUUUUUUAUUCAUUCUUUUUCUUUUUUCCUCAUCCUUUCCGUCUCUUUCCUUCAAGUAUUUUCUCUCCUUUUCUUUUCGUUUUUCCUCUUCAUUUCUUUUCUUUUCUUUUCAAUAUUCUUUUCUCUCCUUUUCCUUUUCUUUUCCUCUUCUUUCUUUCUUUCUUUCUUUCUUUCUUUCUUUCUUUCUUUCUUUAAUGUAUUUGUCUCUUUCUAUUCAUUUUCCGCUCCUCAUCCCACUCGUCUCACCUUCAAGUUCUUUCUCUCCUUUUCUUUUUCGUUUUCCUCUUCAUUCUUUUCUUUCUUUCAAUAUACUUCUCUCCUUUUUCCUCUUCUUUCUUUCUUUUUCUUUCUUUCUUUUUCUUUCUUUCUUUCUUUCUUUCUUUCUUUAAUGUAUUUGUCUCUUUCUAUUCAUUUCCGCUCCUCAUCCCCUCGUCUCACCUUUCUCUCUUCAAAUUAUCUUCUCUCCUUUUUCUUUUCCUCUUCUUUUCUUUCUUUUUUCUUUCCUUUUUUCUUUUUCAUUUUUCCUCUUCAUUCUUUCUUUUUUUUUCUUUCUUUUUUUCUUCUCUCUUUUCUUUUUUUUUUUUUUUCCUCUUUUUUUCUUUUUAUUUUCUUUUUUCUUUCAUUUUUCUUUCUCUUUUCUUUCACCUUAAUUCUAACCAAUAUUUCCUUUUUUUUUUCCUCUUCUUUCGUUAUUUUCUUCUUUCAAUACAUUUCUCUCUAUUCAUUUUGUAUCCUUCUCCUUCAUUUCUCCCUCUCCUCUAAGUUGUUUUUCUACAUUUUUCUUUUUUUUUUUUCCUUUUCUUUUUUUUUCUUUCUUUUCUUUCGUUCAAUAUAUUUAACCCCUUUUUAUUUACCACCUUUUUCUUUUUCUUCUCCUCAUCCUUCUCGUUGCAUUUUAAAUUUAUGUCCCUCCCUUUUUCUUUCUCCCCUUCUUUUCAUUAUUGUCUUUCCUUUAAUAGAUUUAUCUCCCUUUUUCCUCUUUUUAUCUUUCUUGUCUUCUUUCAAUAUACUUCUCUCCUUUUUCUUUUCUUUUGCAUCUACUCUUCUCUCUCGUCUGUCCUUAAAUUUACUUCUUUUCCUCACUGUCGCUUUUCUUCAUUUUCCGCCAUAUUGUCAUUUGCUCUCCUGUCAAUUCCUUUCUAUUUCUUUUUUUAUUUAUUUUAUUUUCUGUAAACCUUUCCUUUUAAUUUCUCUUUUCUUACUCUCCGUUUUGUCUUUCACAAUUGUACUCCUGUCUUUAUUCUUAACAACUCUCUGUACUCGCUCAAUCACUUCCUUUUUAUUUCUUUCUUUCAUUUGUCUCUCCUUCCAUUUUUUUUCCAUUAGAUUUUGUAAACUAUCUUUUUUUUUUGUUAUGUUUCCUUCAUAUUCCAGUUUUCGUUUAUUGUUCAUUCCUGCUUUCUUUCUACCCACACCUUUUACUACCUGUUUUGUAUUUCUUUCCUUUCACCUUUGUUACUUCAGAGAACUUUUCAUUAUACAGUGGUAUUUUCUUUCUUUUUCAAUAAUUUUAAAUUCUUUCUUUCUUUCUAAAAAAUUAUUUCUUUUUUAUGUCUGUCUUGACAAUGUUUUGGAUUUUUUUGAAAUGAAUUCCAAGAAUAUUAUCUUUCUUUCUUCGAUGAUUCCCCACCAAUUCCUUUAUUCUUAUAAUCUCCAUAAAAUUCUUUCUUUCUUUCUUUAUUUCUUUCUUUCUUUCCAAAAAUUAAUUCUUUCGUUUUCUUUCUUGAUAUUUGUUUUAUAUUUUCUUUCUUCGGUGAAUCCUACACCCAUUCUUUCUUUCUUUCUUAAGCAAGCACGGGAGACACACCUUCAUAUUUCAAUCCGUCCAUAUCUAUCUAUCUAUCUAUCUAUCUAUCUAUCUAUCUAUCUAAGUACGUGGGUACUGCAUAAUACAUCCAAGUGGAACGUAUGCCAAUAUUUGCCCAUGCCAGCCAGGCUUGUCGAAUCGCAAUGUGAUAUUGAUCUGAGUCUCGUCUACUUUAUCAGUCCUGUUUACACAGCAGCCGCGACAUCGUCCCUCUUAUCGCCUCUAAAAAUACAGGCUUCCACUUAG